AUGGGUGAGUCUCCAGCUGUGAUCGGCCUGUUUCUCACCACCUGUCCUCUUUUUGUUUCUCUUGCUGCUUCAACAGUGGCCAUUGUCUCGGAGGACAACUUCCAUCACAGUUCAAACUCCACCUACAGAACUGCAAGCCCCUCCACCCUAGCAGAUGAGGAGGCGCUGCUUGAGAAGCUGCUGGACCACCCGCCACCUGUCCUACAAAGGCCCGAGGACCACUUCCAUGGUGCCUACAUCAUCUUCUUCAGCUUGGGCAUUGGUGGCCUACUGCCUUGGAACUUCUUUGUCACUGCCAAGGAGUACUGGGUAUUCAAACUCCGCAACUGUUCCAGCCCACUUAGCUCUCCCGAGGUGGAAAAGACGGACAUUCUCAACUACUUCGAGAGCUACCUUGCCAUCGCCUCCACCGUGCCCUCUGUGCUGUGCCUCGUGGCGAACUUCCUGCUUGUCAACAGGGUUCCCGUUCAUGUCCGUGUAUUGGUCUCGCUGACCGUCAUGCUGACCAUCUUCGUGGUGAUGACCGUGCUGGUGAAAAUGGAUACCUCCUCCUGGACCCGAGGCUUCUUUGUCGUCACCAUCGUCUGCAUGGUGAUCAUCAGUGGUACCGCCACCGUCUUCAACAGCAGUGUCUUCGGAAUGACGGGUUCCUUCCCUAUGAGGAAUUCCCAGGCUCUGAUAUCAGGAGGAGCCAUGGGAGGGACCAUCAGUGCAGUGGCCGCACUGGUGGACCUGGCGGCGUCCAGUGAUGUGACGAACAGCGCCCUGGCCUUCUUCCUCACAGCAGAUGUCUUCCUGGGGCUCUGCAUUGGGCUCUACCUGCUGCUGCCCCGGCUGGAGUACGCCAGGUACUACAUGAGACCUAUAAAGCCAGCCCAUGUGUUUUCCAAUCAAGAGCAGCUGCCCCAAGACUCUCCCGACACCCCGUUGUUGGCUUCCAGAUCCAGUAACUCCCCAACACCCCCCCUCCGCCUCAUCCUGAAGAAGACGGUCGGCCUGGGCUUCUGCAUCAUCUACCUCUUCUUCAUCACCAGCCUCAUCUUCCCUGCCCUCUCCACCAACAUCGAGUCCCUCAACAAGGACUCAGGCUCGCUGUGGACCACCAAGUUCUUCGUGCCCCUCACCACCUUCCUCUUGUACAACUUUGCUGACCUGUGCGGCAGGCAGGUCACAGCCUGGAUCCAGGUGCCAGGGCCCAAAAGUAAGGUGCUUCCUGGGACGGUGCUCCUCCGAACCUGCCUGGUCCCCCUCUUCAUGUUCUGCAACUACCAGCCCCGCGUCCACAUACAGGCAGUUGUCUUCCGGUCCGACGUCUACCCAGCGCUCUUCACCUCCCUCCUGGGGCUCAGCCACGGCUACCUCAGCACCCUCGCUCUCAUCUAUGGCCCUAAGAUUGUGUCCCGGGAGCUGGCCGAGGCCACGGGCGUGGUGAUGUCCUUUUACAUGUACUUGGGCUUGGUGCUGGGCUCAGCCGGCUCUGCCCUGCUGGUGCACCUCAUCUAGGAGGGAAGCUGACAAGGACAACUGUCUGCAGGGGGUGUGGGAGCCUCAGCAGCAAGGCUGGGUGUGGAGAGCACCCUCAGGCCUGGCCUCUCCCCAGGGGCUGGUGACCAUACCUCUGUCUCCAUGCCAGGCUCAGACGUUGCAGACACUGUAACAGAACCAGAAAUGUGUGCAGACCAUAACACACUGGAAUAAGACAGUUACAACAGUGACCCAGUGAGAAGGAGUGGGGGUGGGGGGGAUGGAGGCCCCUGACUAACUGGUUAACACUGCUUCUGUACAGCCUCUUUGGAAAGUUUACAGUGUUGCUCUGAGUUGUUACAAGCAAGUGCCAAAACCCAGCUCAGGCCUGUGCCUUCUCCCAGCCUUGCUCCUUCCGCUGAUAGCAGGAUGUGAGGGUUCUCAGCGCGCCCAUCCUUAGAAGGUCCCCUGGAAUGGAAACUGCCCUGGCCCAAGACUGCAGCCUGCGCCAACCUCUGCUUUCUGUGGGUGAGCACCUGGCCCCCCAGAUUAGAACCUCGAGGACAAGCUUUCCGGAAACCCUUCAUUCCUUAAACCUGGCCCAAGAGGGUCUGUGACUGUUACUAGGGAGGCUGCCAGGGCUGUGCCCAACAAGGAUCCUUAGGUGGUCUGCAGCCUGGAUCAGGUGGGGCUUUUAAUGUCCACGUUUACAACAUGCCGCGGCCAUUGGUUCCUGGGCAUAAUAAACAUGAAAG